UGAUUAGUUAGCGCACGUAGAGAUGACCUAGAAAGAACUGCAGCUUUGUUUUUGUGUGUGUGUGCAGAAAUAACAGAGCGUGUGGUUUCAGAGAGGCGGCUCAAAGACGAUCAAAGGCGGUGAUGCCAUCGCAGGAAGUGCUACUGAUCAGAAUAAAAGUCAGAGCUUAACAGUGGUGGACAUCAGCAAGAACCAGCCAAGCUUCAGACCUGAACCUCCGGCAGAGCCUAGGGAACCCUGAAGAGAGAAACAAAUCAUCUGCAAAAACAAAAACACAAAUCCAGAAAAAAAGGACAACGAGGAGUCUGAAAGCACAAGAGUCCGAACCGUCAGCAUGUUUUCAACUUCAAACUCCAGCCUGACGGCUGUCUGUGUGGUGGCGAUGAUAAUGAUGAUGAUGUCAGAGGCAGCGGCGAUGCCCAAACACUCGGCAAAGACUCACAGGAUGUUGUCGGAUGGAGCGGUGGUGGAAACGGUCCCCCUGGAGCUCGACCCACACGCUUUGGUUACCAUCAAAACCGUCCGGCCGCUGCAUAACGCCUCCAUCUCCCCAUGGACAUACAACGUCUCCCAUGACGACACUCGGUUCCCCAGGGUGCUGUCGGAGGCUCGCUGUUUGCUGCGAGGCUGCAGGAACUCAGAGGGCCACGAGGACCUGAACCUGGAGUCCAGACCCAUCAUGCACCAGGUGCUGCUGCUGCGCCGGGUCAAGUCCACAGAGGCGGGGGGAGCGGGACACGGGUACCACUACCGGCUGGAGUCCCGCCUCAUCGCUGUCGGGUGCACCUGCGUAAAACCCAUCGUCCAACACCAAGACUGACACAAAAAAGUGGAUUUAGAAACAAAAAAUGGAUUUAGAGACUAAAAUUUAAAACAAUCCCUCGUUGACUUUUGGAAAGAUGUUGAAUUUAUUAAGGCAGUUAAGAAUAUCAACACACCCACACAGACACACAUACACACAGAGACACAUACACAUAGAGACACACACACACACACAAUUGUGACUUAGUACAUCAUCAUUUUGUAAAGAAAACAAGGACACAUUGUAGGUUAAGAUGAGUAGUUUGUAUCUCCAAAUUUAGAUGAUUUUCCUCUGUGUAACCAAGAACUCUGAGUAUUUUAAGGAAGAGUUUAAGGUUUCGAUAACUUCUGAAGGAGAGGUAGACACGGGCGCUAUCUGCAUAGAAACGGAUAAUAUGCUCGGAAAUACUGAACCUAAAGUAAGAUGUAUCAUGUGACCGGAGAAUGAUCGGUCAGAGAAUAAUAAAAAAAAACUUAAUCAGGACGUUACGAGUCAAUAAUCAAAAUGAAGACAUCAUACCAAAA